GGGGGAAGGAGAGGAGUGCUCGAAUGAGGUGUGCAUGACGUCUUUAUUAUGGCAGUUGUGAGUCAGACACAGUGAGGGGAACGUUAUUCAAAGGUGGCAGCGCGGCGAAUGAGUAGGCUACCAGGUGACCCGCUGGUGUUGUGUUGUUAGCAAGUUGUUAAAAAGUAUCCAGAACCUGCAGUCAGCAACAACUAUGUCGGGGAGUGAAGACCUGGCUGAUGAGGCUCGUGCAAUGUAUGAGACCUUCGACUGUGCCCAGGCAGUUGUGCUCAUUGGCUUCAUCGGUCUCCUCUCCAAUUUCCAGGACACGAUAGAGGAGUUCACUGAUCUGCUGAACAAUAAUGGGCGGAGGCGACGCAGUGAGGGAUCAACAGAUGGGUGGAAGGAUGCACUUUACUCAGCCUUAGAAGCCUUUGGAUAUGGAACCGAGGUAUUCCAACCAAGUGGACCCAAAUGCAUAGGAAACAUAACACAAGAAAAGGAUGUUAAUGAGCAGCCAGAUUUCAGGCAGACUGACAAUGCAAUUCAAACAGAUACUUUCCAGGAUACUUCAGACCAGACCAAAAUGCCUAAAAGUAUUGAGCAGACUGACACUGAGCACAAGAAGCAUUUCCUGCAGGACCUGGCACACACUGGUCCUGUGUUGGCAAUGUGGCUCGUUGACACGGGUGACGGGAGGGUGUCUGGAGAGGAUGGCCACGCCGGAGUGUGUCGUGCCACCCGUUCCCUCACCAACACUCAUGGCUGGUUGGGUUCUACGGCAGCCCAGCUAUUAACGAACACACUGGCAGCUGCCCUCUCACAGCACCAAGACAGCAGGGAGCUUCUGGAGAAGGCUGGCCUGUCUACUGGAACUGUGGUCUGCUAAGAGUUGUACCAGCAUCUUCUAAGUUUAUAUGAUACUAGUGAGAAUACAAGUAGAAGUAAUAUGUUUAUUGUAAGAUGCAAAUCAACUUCAACUUUUAUGCUUAUGAUGUAUGAAUGUACAAAUACAAAAUUUACUCUCAUUUUCGUGACCUACCCUUAUUUUUAUUGACCAUACCCCUGGUGCCACCUCUCUUUCCUCCUUUGCCUCUCACA